AUGGCUUUGGUCCCCGUGCUGACGAGAAACAACUUUGAACAGGAUGAUUCAAUUCGUGUGGGUCGGAAGGCGGCUCUCUCUCUUCAUAUUGUCAUCGUAGGCUGUGGUAUAGGUGGUCUGGCAGCUGCUCACUGUCUCGGACGAGUGGGGCAUAAGAUCACCCUUCUGGAACAAGCUCCUGCCAUCGGCGAAGUGGGGGCUGGAAUUCAAGUGACACCGAAUGUGUCUCGUUUGCUCAAGCGAUGGGGGGCUGGGGAUCAUCUCGAUAAGCUAGGUGUUCGCCCGCUAGGGUUUUCCUUUCGCAGAUAUGAGAAUGGGGAGGAGGUGGGGUGGUCCGCUCUAGGAGACCAAAUGAUAAAGGAUCACGGCGCUCCUUAUUAUCAUAUCCACCGUGCCGAGCUCCAUCGCGUUCUUUCCGAUCUAGCCCUUCCCUAUGCCACCCUUCGACUCAAUUCUCGUGUAGUUUCACUUGACCCAUCAACAGCAACAUUGAUACUACAGACUGGAGAAGUCAUCAUCGCAGACUUGAUCAUCGCAGCCGAUGGUGUUAGGAGUAUGAUUCGAGAAGUCGUCAUAGGCGGUCCCGAUAAACCAAUGCCGACCGGUGACGCAGCGUAUCGCGCAGUCAUUCCUACGACAGAGAUGGCUAAAGAUCCGGACUUAAAGCCAUUCCUUGACACGCCACAAAUGAACGGCUGGAUGGGUCCCAAAAAACACGCCAUGAUGUACAAAAUUCGCCCUACAGAAUGGAACGUCGUCUUGAUACAUCCAGACCGAGGUUCCACCGAGUCAUGGACCGCAGAGGGUGAUGUCGAGAAGAUGCGAGAAGAGUUCAAAGAAUUCGAGCCACGCGUUCAAAAGAUAUUGAAUCUAGUGGAACAAACAAUGGUAUGGAGAUUGGUCGAUCGUGAACCCUUGAGUAAAUGGGUGCACGAAGAUGGAAAGAUAGCACUUAUGGGCGAUGCUUGUCAUCCUAUGCUUCCAUAUCGAGCCCAAGGGGCAGCCAUGGCUAUCGAGGAUGCGGCUGUCCUAGGUGUCCUUCUAUCACAUUUAUCCGAACGCUCGCAGCUGCACCCUCUUCUGUUGGCCUACGAAAAGCUUCGUUACCCUCGAACGACUGACACACAGCUGUCCUCGCGGCUUAAUCAGAGGAUUUUUCAUUAUGAGGACGGGCCGGAGCAGGAAGCACGCGACGCUUCCAUGCGUGAGGCCAUGCUGCAGACCUCCAAAGGUGGUAGCGCCGAGACAGUUGCGGCGGAUUACUCUGGAAAUGCGAAUCAGUGGGCUGAUAAGCGGAAGAACGUAGUGCAAUUCAGCUACGAUGCCGAGCUGGAGGCAGAGAAAUGGUGGCAGGAGAUCGGGCGAAAUAGGUUCCUUUCAAAGUGACUGAUGCAGGAUGACCAGGAUUCAAACGAUGUAUGCAUGAAUGGUGUAGAUAUGUGAAUCGUUUUGUCUUUCCAAUUUACGUUGCAGAAUCGAGUGACACGUUGUGCCCUGAUUGCAUAGUGUCUAUGCAUGGAAUGUGACAAACAGGGCCUGCAUUCCGCAAUACAUGUGACUUUUCAUAUGCGCCAACGCGUUGUCUGACGGCCAUCGUAGUACUCUCUCACAGCAAUGAAGUUGAGGACCGGUUUAAACCUUGCACGGGUAGAUACUUCCAGCUUCCCGUCUCCGCUCAAAUAAGACUUCAGAGUCUAACAGUUUUACUCUGUUGCCAGCCCGCCCGUCGCGUUUCGAACUGGCUAGUGUACUCAUCGAGUCUUCUCAUGUAGCAUUGUUCCUCAUUGCACAGAGACCUCGAGCACACACAUCCCGUCACACUAUAUCACCUAACAUGACAUCUCUCGAUAUCAACGCUGGCGUUUCUCCAGAAGACAAUGACGCUGGUCGUCGUCUCUCCAACAACGGCGAUGAUUCUG